UGAAACACAAGAUGACACAGCUGCUGAGCACCAAGCUGAGAGUGAUGAUGAUGAGGCGUAUCUGAAUACAGUUGGUAUGGAGCCUCGAAGAGUCCACACAGGGAGUAUCAUACCACUCAUCACAGACAAUGAAGAUGUCAGCCUCACCAGUCUUGCACUUGAUGACUACCAGGUGAAUGAGUUGGCUGAGUACAUUAGAGAUCAUGAUGAUAUGCAGACGUUGAUGCUACGCAAUGAUAACAUAGAUGAUACUAAGAUGUUUAAGCUGGCUGAGGCAAUCAAAGAGUCACCCUCUACAUUCAGAAUGCUGAACUUGAAUUGUAAUAACAUAGGAGCCAAUGGAGCCAAGAGUGUGGUGGAGAUAUUCAAGGACAAGCCAACCAUCAAAAUGUUAUUGUUACAUGGGAAUCCAUUGGGGUGUGAAGGUGUCCGGAACAUUGUGAAUGGCUUAAAGGAUAUCUCAUCAGGCACUAAUGAUGUAACCAGAGACAAUGAAAACCGCAAUAUGGGAUCAGCAAGGACGAUUGAAACAGUAGCAUCAGAUCUAGUGUCAGAUGCUAUGAGCAAUGCUAUUCGAUCAGAGUCCCCAAUUCUCAUGGAUAGAGAUGAAAUUCUCUCCCCUCGGAAUAAAAUAGCUCAGAUUCAACUAAAGCUUAACAGAUUAGACUUAGGUGAUACGAAAAUUGAUGAUGAAGCAAUCUCAGAUAUUCAAAGACUUUUGGAGUUUGAUUUUCUAAAAAUUACGACUUUGAAUUUGUCUGGGAACCGGAAGGUAACUCAUGAUGGUUGGAGUCAGCUGGCUGAAACACUUAAAAAUCAUAAGACAGUGCAUACAUUAUCUCUAGACUAUAAUCGCCUUGGAGAUAAGGGGGCAGACAUUAUAGGAGGAUUAUUGGCAACAAAUAAUAAACUGCGUUGUGUGGACUUAGAAGGGAAUAACAUGUCAGAUGAAGGGGGCAAUGCAAUUUUGCAGGGAGUGAAAAAGAAUAGCGGGACUCUUCUAGAUAUUACUCUUACUCCUGGAAAUAAGAUUAAUGAGAAUCUAAUUGAUGAGAUAAGAGAGGCUGUAAGGGAUAAAUCUAAUUAAGAACGUGAAUGAUACAGAAGCAUGAAUGAAGUAAUUGCAUUUUCAAGCUCAGUAUUCAUACUUGUGGUCGCAUGGGCUGCUACUGCUAUAAACAUGAUAAAUAGAUUAUCCUUGAUAUCAUCAGUCAAACUUCUCUUAUUCAAGUGUUUCUUUGACUCAUGCUUAACAGAGAAUGUUUGCUUUCUAGUUAUUCAAGAGAUUCCAAUGUUUCUAUAUAUACAUGUUCAUAUAUCGUAUGUAUUCAAUAUAUUUUUCUGAAAUGCAUAUUAUGUUGCAAAGCUUAUUGCAUGUAUUGUGAUAUAUUAAAAUCAGUGGGGUACAAUUUUAUGCCAUUUGAUAU